AUGGGUCAAUCUCUGACUACCCCUUUAAGCUUAACUCUGGAAUACUGGAAGGAGGUCGUGGAAUGGGCCCGCAGCUUAUCAGUAGAGGUUCAAAAGAAGAAGUGGAAGACUCUCUGUUCCUCUGAGUGGCCCUCUUUCGAAAAAGGAUGGCCAAAGGAUGGGACUUUUGACCUUGCUACUAUCUUACAGGUUAAGGAAUACAUUUUCCACCCAGGACCACAUGGACACCCGGACCAGGUGGCCUAUAUAGUCACCUGGGAAGACUUGGCCCGGAACCCCACACCUUGGGCACGGCCAUUCUUACCUCCACGGGGAACCAGAGAGACUGAUCAAGGGCUCCUCACCCCUUCAGCUUCCCCUAAUUUUACCUUUCCCUGCCCCUCCUGUCUUUCCCUGAGAAGAAGAAGCAGAAGCCACAGACUUCGCCUGGGAAGGGACAGAGGGGGCCCCUCUGAUGGAACCAGGACUGCCCAGGUUCUUCCUCUCCGAACUGCAGGGGAUCAGAUCCAGUAUUGGCCUUUUUCAGCCUCUGACUUGUAUAAUUGGAAGAACCAUAACCCCUUUUUUCCUCAGGACCCCCAGGCUCUAACUGCUUUGAAAGAGUCUAUUCUUCUCACUCUCCAACCCAUCUGGGAGGAUUGUCAACAACUCCUCUAGGCACUUUUAACUAGAGAGGAGAGACAGCGAGUCAUCCUGGAAGCCCAGAAAAACGUCCCCGGGGAGGAUGGGAGACCCACUUUGCUCCCAAAUGAGAUAGAUGAAGGAUUUCCUCUGACCAGACCCAACUGGAACCAUGAGACCAUGGCCAGUAGGGAGCGUCUCCGUAUUUAUCACUGGACUCUGAUAGCGGGUCUCAAAGGGGCUGGAAGGCGCCCAACCAGUUUGGCAAAGGUACGUGCUAUAACCCAGGGGGAAAAUAAGACCCCCGCAGGGUUCCUAGAGCACCUAAUAGAAGGAUAUAGGAUGUACACCCCUUAUGACCACAUGGCCCAGGAGCAUCAGGCAGAUCUUAUUAUGGCCUUUAUAGGACAAUCAGCUCCUGACAUUCGUUGUAAGCUCCAAUGGCUAGAAGGCCUUCAGGGGUACUCCUUACAGGAUUUAGUAAAGGAAGCUGAGAAAAUUUAUAAUAAGUGAGAGACAUUAGAAGAAAGAGAGGACAGAAUCAGAAAAGAACAGGAAGCUAGAGAAGAUAGGAGAGAGAAAAAGAGAAACAAAGAGUUGAGUAGAAUUUUGGCCACAGUAGUCCAGGGAGCAGGACCAGGUAGGGACCUGGGAGACAAAAGAAGACCUCAAGUGGACAAAGACCAAUGCGCGUAUUGUAAGGAGAGAGGACAUUGGGCUCGAGAAUGUCCAAAGAAGCUGAAUAGACUCCAAAAGAAGACAACCCCAGUCCUGACCCUAGGGGAUUAUGGGAGUUGGGGCCAGGAGCUCCCCCCUGAGCCCAGGGUAACUUUAAAGAGGGGGCAAUUGACCAACUUCAUGGUAGACACAGGAGCUGAACACUCAGUUUUGAAAACAACUGAGGGACCCAUGAGUUCCAAAACAGCCUGGGUCCAAGGGGCUACUGGAGGAAAAGCAUACAGAUGGACCACAGAAAGAAAAGUGGACCUCAGCACAGGACAGGUCUCCCACUCAUUCUUACUGGUCCCAGACUGUCCAUAUCCCCUUCUUGGGAGAGAUUUACUCUCUAAGCUGGGAGCCCACAUCCACUUCACCAGAAAGGGAGCCACUGUACAAGGAAAAGAUGGAGCUCCACUACAGGUAUUAACCCUGCGACUGGAAGAUGAACAUCGGUUAUAUGAGGGACCGAUAGAAGAAACUCCUGGUAUAUCCGAUUGGCUAAGUAAAAUUCCUUUAGCAUGGGCCGAGACAGGAGGCCCAGGACUGGCAUGCAACCAGCCUCCAAUAGUGAGAGAGGGAAUCAGACCCCAUAUUCAAAGACUUUUACAAAUAGGUAUACUUCGCCCCUGCCAGUCCCCUUGGAACACCCCGCUGUUCCCCAUAAAGAAGCCAGGAACAAAUGACUAUCGACCAGUCCAAGACUUAAGAGAAGUCAAUUGGAGGAUAGAGGAUAUACACCCCACUGUUCCAAAUCCUUACAAUCUCCUGAGUACCUUGAUUCCUAGUCACAGGUGGUAUACUGUUCUUGACCUAAAGGAUGCAUUUUUCUGCCUAAGACUGAGCCCAGCUAGCCAGCCCAUUUUUGCUUUUGAAUGGAAGGACCCUGAAGCUGGAAUAUCAGGGCAACUAACCUGGACGCGACUUCCCCAAGGAUUCAAGAACUCCCAUCUGUUUGAUGAAGCGCUACACCGUGAUCUGGCUGACUUUUAGGUAAGAAACCCACAGAUUAUGCUUCUUCGAUAGGUGGAUGACCUCCUCUUAGCAGCUGAGACAGAAGCUGGCUGUCUGCAAGGUACAGAGGCUCUCCUACUGAGACUGGGGGAACUUGGAUACCGGGCCUCAGCAAAGAAAGCCCAGAUCUGCCUACAUCAGGUGAACUAUUUGGGCUAUAGGCUGGAGGGAGGGCAACGUUGGCUGACAGAAAGCAGGAAACAGACAGUAGCCUCUAUCCCCCCACCAACCUCAGCCAGAGGACUCAGAGAGUUCUUGGGAAGCGCAGGAUUCUGUAGAUUAUGGAUACCGGGUUUUGCUGAAAUAGCGGCUCCUCUAUAUCCUUUGACAAAGAAUGGGACUCCUUUCGUCUGGACUGAAGAACAUUAGAGAGCCUUUUACACAAUAAAAAGAGCACUGCUGAUGGCUCCAGCUCUGGGAUUGCCGGACUUGACAAAGCCUUUUGUCUUAUAUAUAGAUGAAAAUAAAGGGAUGGCAAAAGGGGUCCUUACUCAGACCUUGGGACCCUGGAAAAGGCCAGUAGCUUAUCUCUCAAAGAAACUGGACAAUGUGGCUGCUGGCUGGCCCCCAUGCUUGAGAAUCAUGGCAGCAAUAGCAUCCCUGGUUAAAGACUCAGACAAACUCACUAUGGGUCAGCCCCUAACUGUUAAAACACCACAUGCAGUGGAGUCCAUCAUUAGACAGCCUCCUGACAGAUGGUUGUCAAAUGCCAGGGUGACCCAUUACCAGGCACUACUACUAAAUCCAGAAAAGAUCAAGUUUGGUAGCCCUGCCACCCUAAACCCCGCCACACUGCUACCACCCCAAAAAGGCACUGAGAUUCCCCAUGACUGCCUGCAAAUACUUGCGGAGACACAAUGGACCAGGGAAGACCUCACUGACCAGCCCCUAACAGAUGCAGAUGCCACUUGGUGUACAGAUGGGAGCAGCUUUCUACAAGAUGGUGAGCAUAAGGCGGGGGCGGUGGUGGUCGAUGGGGAAAAGAUAAUCUGGGCCCAAGCCCUGCCAGAUGGAACAUCAGCCCAAUGGGCUGAAUUAGAAGCCCUAACCCAGGCCCUAAAAUUAGCAGAGGGCAAAAAGGUCAACAUUUACACCGACAGCCGCUAUGCAUUUGCCACAGCCCAUAUACAUGGGGAAAUUUACCAGAGGCAGGGACUCCUCACCUCGCCUGGUAAGGACAUUAAAAACAAAGAAACAAUAGUGGCCCUUCUACAAGCCUUAUACUUGCCUAAAAAGGUCAGCAUAAUUCAUUGCCCUGGACAUCAGCGAGACCAAGGGCCGAUUGCUCGAGGCAAUCGAAUGGCAGAUGAAGCUGCUCGUCAGGCAGCAGAAGGCACCUGCAUUUUCUACACCCAUUCCAACCUUAAGGCUGAAAUUGGCACAAAGGAGGGAGAUGCUCUUUUUACCUAUACUGAACAAGAUCUGGAACUCGUUCAGAAGCUCAAUGCUACCCGGGACCCAGAAUCCAAAAUGUGGAGACACCAGGAUAGGGUAGUGCUUCCCCGAAAGGCAGCUCUUGAGCUAAUCUCCCAGCUCCACCAAUGGACACACUUAGGACACAUGAAACUAAAAACACUACUAGAAAGAGAAGAACAAUUCUAUUACUUCCCAGACCUUAACUAGCUAGUUCAGAAGGUAGUAGGAGAUUGUGUCUCAUGUUCCCUGAUAAAUGCUUCCAGAUCAAAGGUCCCAUCUGGCAAGAGAGAAAGAGGAACACGACCAGGGACUAAUCCAGGGACUAACUGGGAAGUAGAUUUUACUGAAGUACUUCGAAAAUAUGGUUAUAAAUAUCUUUUAGUGUUUAUAGACACUUUUUCAGGGUGGGUUGAAGCUUUCCCCACCAGAAAGGAAACAGCCCAGACUGUGGUGAAGAAGCUGAUUGAAGAAAUCUUCCCUCGAUUCGGACCGGCCAAGGUAAUUGGGUCUGAUAAUGGCCCAGCCUUCGUCUCCCAGGUAAGCCAGGGAAUGGCCAAAGCAUUGGGGAUUAAUUGGAAAUUACAUUGUGCUUACAGACCCCAAAGUUCAGGACAGGUAGAAAAAAUGAACAGAACCAUUAAAGAGACCUUAACCAAAUUAGCUCUAGAGACGGGCACUAAAGACUGGGUGCAGCUCCUACCUCUAGCCCUACUUCAGGCUAGAAAUACUCCUGCUAUACACGGCCUAACCCCCUACGAAAUCCUUUUUGGAGGACCGCCUCCUGACCUUAAUGUAACCUUGUCCCCCUUGCCCUCUUCUUUUGAUAACCCCAGCCUAAAAACAAGACUCCAAGCCCUCCAGAUCAUCCAGAACCAGGUUUGGAGGCCCUUGGCUGCUGUCUACUGGCCUGGUAGUCCACAAAUGCCUCACUCCUACCAAAUUGGAGAUCAGGUGUACGUGAGAAGACACAACGUGAAGACUCUUGAAACACGGUGGAAAGGACCCUACACAGUUCUCCUGACUAUGCCCACAGCCCUCAAAGUAGAUGGGAUUUCAGCCUGGAUCCACACUUCCCACGCCAAAAGAGCCCCGACCCAGGAGGAUGCUGGAAGAUGGCAUCUGCACAAAACAUCCAACCCCCUAAAAAUAAGACUCUCCAGAGAUACCUAA